UGCUGUCACUGUUGGGUUCACCGGGACCAUUCAUAAUCCAGGCCACAGGGACAGCAGCGUUUAUUGAAGGUUGUUGAAUAUUGAGCACGAGUGUGAUCUUCACAAUCCUAACCAUCUUGGCCAUUGUACAGUGUCACUAGUCACAUAUACUAUUAAUGUUUAACUAUUCAACCAGUUUGUUUACUUUUCAAUAUUUAGCAGCAUUGUUCAAACAACAGUAUAAACUGAGUUAACAUGGGCUGUACAUUUCGAUAUUGCAAGGUUUAGUGUACACAGUAGAGUAAGAGUAAAGAAUGAAAUAGCAUUAAGGUCAGUUACUAUUUAAACAAAAUGGAAGAAGCAAUGUACUCUUUAACACCAAUAUUACAUAAGAAAUGGUUGAGAUUAAUAAUUGAAAAUAUACCUGUUGUAGAAUUUAGUUGGUAUUGUUUAAAGUUGUACAGUAGGGUAAGAGGUAACAGUCAAUUACGUAACUAAUGAGAAUAUUGCGUUGCUAUUUUUGACCGUUUCAACCAAUGGAUUGUACCUAAGACCAAUAAAUAAAGUAAAGACAGUAGCCCAGCCAGAAACACUAAAACAGAUGCAGUGAAUAGUCAAGUAACUUGUGUAUUGAUAAUAACACAUAUUUUAACAUUUUUUAAAAUAUAUUAAAUGCUGGUGUUGUUAUCUACACAGAUGCAGCUGAAUUAAGGGUUCAAUAAUUUGCUACAUACUUGAUAUAUAUUUACGUAUUACAGAUUUAGUUAAUCUAUAGAUUAAAGGUAAAAUGGCAGAAACAUCAUUUUCACUAAGUGGAACAUCUUCAGUUAAAGAACAAACACACAAUAUUGAUCAUGCAUCUGAUCUUCUUCCAUUUGCCAACAAGUCACGCCAAGAUGGUCGUUUUAAUGACAUCAUCAUUCGUAUUGGAGAGAAAAACAUUCCAGCAAACAAGAUGGUUCUUUCUUGCUAUUCUAAAUAUUUCGACACCAUGUUUAACACUGAGAUGGAAGAAAAAUAUAAAGAUGUUGUGGAACUUCAAGCUGUAGAUGCGGAAAGUGUAGAGAAACUUGUUGAUUUUAUGUACACAGGAAAAAUCAACAUCAACACCAACAAUGUGUGCGACCUUCUUGCAGUUUCUGAUUUCCUACAAAUGCUUUCUGUCAAGAAACUUUGCAUUGAAUAUUUGUUGACAACAAUCACGCAACAAAAUUGCCUUACAAUUCAAGCUUUAGCCGAUCGUUUCACCAUUCCUAAAUUAACCGAGAAAUUCAACAACUACGUUGUUGAAAAAUAUCAACAAGUUAUUUCUGAUGAUCAUUUCAAGAAACUUUCAAAAGAUGAUGUCAUUAAGUUAUUACAAUUAACACAUGAUAAGGUUUCUUCAGACUUAGUCUACACUGCCGUUAUGAACUGGGUGAAGUUCGAUUUGGCUUCAAAUGAAAGUUACUUGAGUGAACUUUUCAAGUUUGUUGAUAUUAGUAAAGUAUCUCCAAAAAUGCUUGAAGAUGUGAUCUCUGUUGAGCCUCUUAUUCGAAAACUUGAUGAUUGGGGUAAUUUGUUUGUUAAUGCUUUGGUGCAACAAAAAAAGGAAACAACAGAGAAAUCCCUCAUAUCACUUGGUGGUAUAAAAAGUUUAAACAAAGUAACAAAGUUUGAUUUACAAACAAUGCAGUGGAGUCCACUUCCAGAUUUACCAGUUCGUCGAUCAUCAGCAUCAGCUGUUGUCAUCGAUGAUAUUCUGUAUCAUCUUGCAGGAGAUUUAAAUACUGAUGGUAAAGAAACAGCCACUAACAUUGUUCAUCGAAUGAAAUUAAAGGAAAAAGUUUUAAAAUGGGAGAAGGUAGCUUCAAUGAAUGUAGAGAGAUAUGUGUUUGGUGCUGCUGUUAUAAAUGGUGUCAUCUUUGUAUUUGGUGGAGGUGAUGAGAAUAAUAAAAGAGUUUCAUCUGGAGAAUAUUAUGUUGUUCCACUUAACAAGUGGAUUCAACUUAAACCAAUGAAGAUUGCCAGAUGGGGUCAUUGUUUGGUUGCUCACAAUGAUCAGUUGUAUUCACUUGGUGGACAUGAUGGGCAACAAGUUAUAUCUUCAGUUGAAAGAUAUGAUCCAUCAUCAGAUGAAUGGAAAGAUGUUGCUUCAAUGCAAACACCACGACGUUGGUUUGCUGCUGUGGUGUUGAACAAUGCUAUUUAUGCUAUUGGUGGGUAUGAUGGAAAACAAACUCUUAAAUCAGUUGAGAAAUACAAUGUUGAUGAUGACACAUGGGUUUAUGUGGAGAAUAUGAACAUUGAGAGAAGUUCCCAUGCAGCUUGUGUUGCACAAAACAAGAUUUAUGUAGUGGGAGGUCUGGAUUCUGGGAAAAAAAUUGUGAAAUCAAUUGAAUGUUACGAUGAUCAAACUGACAAGUGGAGUGUUGUUGGUGAAACUGAAGUUGAAUUAUUCAACCAUUCUAUGGUUGCUAUUUAAAUAAAUACAUGGUGUAUUUUAUUUAACUUCCAUUAUACAUUUGGUGAUGUAUUUAGGCAACCUAAUGGUUUUAUCUUCAAUCAUUGUGGGUUAACACAAUAUAACUUGGCCCUAUUUAAAUGGGUUUGAUGCUAAAUAAUUACUUCAACAUUAUAUAAUGUAUUCAUAUUUGUCACAUUUCUUCAAAUUCACAAUUAAAAUCCUUUUUGUAUCUUGCGCAUAAAACCUUGUGCCUUGAUUUUAAUUGUACUUUAGAUAAAUUAUCAAACUAAAAUACUUUUUUGUAAUUUCUUUACUAUUUUAUUUGUACUUAAAAUAUUUCCCAGUUAUUAAAAUACACUUAUGUACCAUUUCUUUAAUAUUUACUCUUAAACCUGUGUCAAUUACAAUGAGAUACGAAAGUAUUUGUUGAAUAUUCUUCUUUGUUUGUAAAUAUUGUAUCCUACCAUCUAUUUCUUUAUUUUUAUAUCUUUCAUAAUUUAUUUUUAUCUUACGUAUGUUUGAUUGUGUAUUCAAUUCUCUAUAUCGCGAUGACAACACGUAUAUCUAUUUUAAUUGUACAUUUAUAAAAUUGACAAACUAAAAUUCUUUUCUUGUAAUUUCUUCACUGUUUUUAUUGUUCCUAAAACGUUAUUUUUUUGAAAAAUACAAGUAUGAAAAUUUUCCUGAAUGUAUAAUUCCAAAAAACUAAAUUACGAAUUCUUCUUUUUUAUUUCUUUCAUAAUUAUCUGUAACAGUUAUACUUUUGAUUGUAUUUUCAAUUCUUCAUAUCGUGAUUACUUAUAAUACAUCAUUAACAAAAGCAUCAAAGGUGUAAUAAUGAUGUUUAGUGUGAAGUUUUAGGUUUGUUAUUGGAAUAGCUACAGUUCUAUAAUAUUUGUUGCACUACAAAAUUGUUCUUUAUUUGUAAGUGCUUCGAUUGUGUAAAGGUUUUAUACGACCCAACCAAACCAAUGGUUUAAUAAUUUAAUUAGGGGGGAGUGUUAAAGAUUUUAGGUGGCGUUGAAUGGAAUAAGAGUCAACCACUCAGUGAGAAGGUGAAGUUAUCACUGAGCGAAAGGAAUUGUUGACUUAAUAAACAACAAAAAC